GUUAAGUUGUACACCAAUGAAGACGCCUGGUAAACGGAAGUGGCUGAAAUGUAUACAAUAUUGAACAUAUUCCCUUUUUCUCUAUCCAUUGCAUGAAAUAGAGCUAUAGAGCUGUAACAGACACACUCGAAUUUCAAAGUGGUUAAGACCUCGUUACCUACAUUCUAUUUGUACCUGUUAGAACAUCUUUGGCUUUAAGAGAGCGUCUCAGGCAAUGGAAGACCUCGCCUACCAACAUGAGUCAGACUUGUUUUACGCUCGGCUGCAACAAUUCAGCAGAGAAAGAUCACAUUCGUUCCUCGAGCGGUGCAUGCUUGUGGUUCUAAUCAUCAAAUAUUUCAUGUUGACAAUGAAAAGAAUAUUUGUGGUUUUAAGGAAUGAGCCACUGGAACCACAAGAUUUGGAUGAAAAUAGCGACAAAUCAGUUGAGAUUGAGAUAAAGAUCCACAAUUUGACGUGCCAGUGUCAGUACGAUGACGAGAGGUUCAGAAGAAAUGCUUGGACUAAGAAAUGGCGGCUGUAUAAUAAAUCAGUGCGAAGGAGAAAGACGGCCAUCAGGAAGUCUCAGCCUGAUCUGGAGAUGGAUAAAAAAGGGGCUGCGCUUGACAAAGAGAGGGUUGAGCGUGACAAAGUGAAGGCUGAGUGUGACAUAGAUCAAGAUGAGCAGAUCGAGAGCAACAAAGAUCAGGCUGAAAAUGACCCAGAUCAGGCUGAACGUGACCCAGAUCAGGUUGAACAUGAUGGAGAUCAGGCUGAACGUGACCCAGAUCAGGCUGAACAUGACGGAGAUCAGGCUGAACAUGACGGAGAUGAGGCUGAACAUGACGGAAAUCAGACUGAACAUGGCGGAGAUCGAGCGGCGCGUAAAACAGAUAGUGUUAACGAGCAGGCUAGGCAGCAAGCUAGUCUUCAAGCUGAGCGUACCUGGGAGCAGGAGGGAGAGAGGGUUAAAGAUCUCGUUGAACGCGAUCGAGAACGGUCUGAAAGAAGUCAAGAAGAGACUACAAAAAUGUAACUCUUGUCUGCAAUAUGGAAACUUUCUUGAAUGAAUCAAAGAUACACUCAACAAGCUGAGCAUCCUUCAAGGAAAUGGCUUCAUCAGUUGCUAUGAAUGACAAACAAAUGUUUAGUUUUAUUUGUUUAUAAUUUAUGAUCUUUAGUAUUCCUCAUUUCUAAUAAACAUCCAGUGCCUAAGGUGACUUUUUAAACAUCAAAUAUGUGAACAAAUAUUACAUUGAUAAAAACUAUGCUUGUAUGAUAAGUAUUUUACAUUGCAGAUCUUAGUAAGAAAAUAGAUAUAAUUAUGCUAUUGUUUAUAUAUCUUUGAAUAUAUUGCUUAUCAAACACCUUUUCUAUCAACAACACUGAUGGUACAUAUCUUUAAUAAUAUUUUUUGUCAUAUGCAUUGUACAUGUAAAAAAUCUUUGAUAUUACGUAUCUAGAUAAAACAGAGCUUAAUAAAUCAUUAUUUAUAAUCCUA